AUGUACACCGUCCGCUUGCUACAGCUCUCUGGAUCGUCCUUCACAGAAUUCGAGCUUGCACCUUCUGCCUGCAUCGGUGAGGUGCUGCAAAGGGCUCGUGGUUCCCUCGGAUGCGACCCAAAAACUCGGCUGCAGCUGCUUUUCGAAGAUCGGCCGCUAGAAACGCAGGAGACGCUGGUCUCCCUGGGCCUACCGGGCCCUCCCUUUCAGGUGGAUCUGCAGCUCCUGCAACUGCAACAGCCUACGCUUGUUGAGCGCAUUGACAUGCAGACCUCUGACUUCCAGCGAGUUGAUAUUGGCAUUUGCGGGCAGCGUGGGGCUGGCAAAACAAGCUUCUUGAACCAGUAUGUGGAUCACCGUUUCCAUGCCGAGCGCUUUCAGAGCGUCAUUUCCGUGGACUUCAGGGUUGCGAACCUCCGGGUCGCGAAGGAUGACUCUGAGAACAUGGUUCCCGUGAAGCUUCUCCUCUGGGACCUACAUGGAAUUCACAACGCUUCGAAUCCUGUGCUGCAUCCUAGCAUGUUCCGGCGCAAGGCUGCCAUAAUCUUCGUGGCGGACCUGGAGAGACUGCAUCUUUAUGAGAUUCAGAGCUUGCUCGACUUGUCCGCAUCGGAAGCUGUCUCGGAGAGAGUCUUGGUCGGCAACAAGGCGGAUGUCGCUAAACCUGGGGCCACUGAAGCGGUCGAGGCUUUCGCUGCGAAAAGGGGCCUGUGGUACUUCGAGGCCUCUGCCAAAGAUCACGAGAGUGUAGAAGCGGUUCUUCGGCACACGCUGCUUUCUGUGAUGGACAAGCUGGAGCUCAAUCUGACCCCUUUUCGCAGAGACCGCGUACUUGCCCCAGACCCACCGCCAGAGCGGUCGCGCUGCGCCUUGCAAUAG